AGGCGGCGUUCGCUCGAGAGCAGCCGCGGAGCUCCCCGCGGAUCGCGCCCUGCCGCCACCCCCCGGGGAAGGUGCGGGACCGGCGCGGGGCUGAGCCGGGGGGGCGGGGAACGAGGAGAGGCAGCCGCAGCUGCCGGGGAGGAGGCCCGGAGCGCCAGCAAAGUCAUCGCCAUCGGCCCCCCCCUUCGCUCUCUCCAUGCCUCUGGCUUUGGGCAGCGGCCGCCGCAGCAGCGACUAGGGGAGGAGGAGGAGGAGGAGGAGGAAGAAGAAGGGAAACCUCCGUGCCUCGCCCCGUCCCCUCCUCGCCCCCCAAGAUGGGCUGUUUAGGGAACAGCAAGACGGAGGAUCAGCGCAACGAGGAGAAGGCGCAGCGGGAGGCCAACAAGAAGAUCGAGAAGCAGCUGCAGAAGGACAAGCAGGUCUAUAGGGCCACGCACCGGCUCCUCCUGCUGGGUGCUGGUGAAUCCGGUAAAAGCACAAUAGUCAAACAGAUGAGGAUCUUGCAUGUGAAUGGAUUUAAUGCUGAGGAGAAGAAAAUGAAAAUUCAGGAUAUCAAAAACAAUAUUAAAGAAGCGAUAGAGACAAUAGUGACAGCAAUGGGCAAUUUGGCACCUCCGGUUGAACUAGCUAAUCCAGAGAACCAGUUUCGAAUCGACUACAUCUUAAAUUUAGCUAACCAGAUAGACUUUGAUUUCCCUCCGGAGUUUUAUGAACAUACGAAAACACUUUGGCAAGAUGAAGGUGUGAAAGCCUGCUAUGAGAGAUCUAAUGAAUAUCAGCUGAUUGACUGUGCACAGUAUUUUCUAGACAAGAUUGACAUAGUCAAACAAAACGAGUACACGCCGUCUGACCAGGAUCUUCUCAGAUGCAGAGUUUUGACAUCAGGAAUUUUUGAAACCAAGUUUCAGGUGGACAAAGUAAAUUUUCAUAUGUUUGAUGUUGGAGGGCAACGAGAUGAACGCCGAAAAUGGAUCCAGUGUUUUAAUGAUGUGACUGCUAUCAUAUUUGUGGUGGCGAGCAGUAGCUACAACAUGGUUAUACGAGAGGACAAUCAGACCAAUCGGCUUCAAGAAGCACUAAACCUCUUCAAGAGUAUCUGGAACAACAGGUGGCUACGGACCAUUUCAGUAAUUCUUUUCCUGAAUAAACAAGAUUUGCUAGCAGAGAAAGUUUUGGCAGGGAAAUCUAAAAUAGAAGACUACUUUCCAGAAUUUGCUCGCUACACUACACCAGAUGAUGCAACACCAGAGCCUGGUGAGGAUCCCAGAGUUACAAGGGCCAAGUAUUUUAUUAGAGAUGAGUUUCUUAGAAUCAGCACAGCGAGUGGAGAUGGAAGGCACUAUUGCUAUCCUCACUUCACAUGUGCAGUGGAUACAGAGAACAUCCGGAGGGUUUUCAAUGACUGUCGGGACAUUAUUCAGCGCAUGCACCUUCGCCAAUACGAGUUGUUGUGAUGGAGAGCACUUUUUUCUGUGUUUUGGACUCCUUAUUCCUUAUUAAAAAAGAAAAAAACCACACCCUUGCCCACAUAGGGUGGAAGAGAACUGUUUGAAUCUCCCAUUGAUUUGCACCCCUCAACUUUUUCUCCUUGCUGGACAAUAGCAGCACUUCUAAGCUUGCUUCUGUACCCCUCGGACAGUUUGAGAUGGCCUCUAACAUUUAAAAGGCCGUUUCCAUGAGGAUUCCCUAACACUGUUAUUAACAAAAAAGGAAAAAAAAAAAAAAAAAGGAAAUAAAACCUAGUUAAUUAAAAGCCCUGAAUGUGGAGCACCUGAAAGAAUUUGGGAUACAAAAAUUAAAACAUGAAACAAAAAUGGGGAGAAAAAGCUUUAGGUAAUUUAGCACUGAUGUGGGCGUAAUCCUAUAACCCGUGAUCUCCGCUUUGUAUCACUCACUGCGUCAGACUAAAGAAGGUGCCAAGUCACAGCCUGAGUAUGAAGACAGACACUUGAGUUUGGUUCUCUGACUGUAAUGUGGCUUUGAACGGAAAUACUGACAAUUCUACAACAGACCUAGACAGUGCAAAAACCAACUGCUACCUUUCAGAAGGGUAUUUUUAAAACCAGUCUUGGUGGUCUAAAGACAACCAUGGACAUCUAUGAAUUGAACUGCGUAUGGCCUGUGAUUGCAGAAAGAGUUAACCACACACUGUUUUCAGUUUGUCCACUGAUGAUCCCGUCUGCUAUAAAAAUCAUUAUCUGGACUGUAGUCCUCACAGUCUUUCCCUUCUUUUUCUUCUUCCCUCCCCUCAUUUUUUAUUUUACUGCUGGAUUAUUAUUCUUGUACAGACUGUAAAAUGUAUUAUUUUGUACAACUUUAUUGAAAAAAAAAAUAACUUGUAGAAGAUCUUUGUGCCUUGAUUAUGGCUGUACCUGUACAAUGAGCUAAGAUGUAAGUAUGUUUGAUUGCGCUGUACAGCUUUGUCAACCCUAUCUGCAGCAUUAGCUCAAGGUAGGGAAAAUUUAUCUGUAGUUUAGUUUUUCUGGUUUAUAAAAGAAGGAAAAAUACUGUUUAUUAAAAAAAAAAAAAAAGAAAAAAGAAAAAAAAAGAAAAAAGUACAAAUUGUGCAAACUUAACCACUUUAAAAGUGAGGUCUUCAACAAGUGACCAGAUGUUGCAGCAUCAUGCUUUUUAAUUUUUAGCUUUAAUUCAUUUAAAUCUCUAUCCAAAUGCAAAACAUGGCUUGUUUCUACAUAAACCAAAUUUUGCUACAAAUUAUUAAUGUUAGUCUUUGGUCAUUCAUAGUCCUUUUUGCUGAAGACAAAACCAGAACAAUAAAAGACGCGUAGGGCAUCAUGCAGGUCUGGUAACCAUCUCUAGACUGGGCCAAAUACCCCACCACCCUCCACUCACGCUGCGUGGGCAAACGACUACCGGAAUGACAAGGUGUGCACUGCCCUUGGAUUUGGCCACUGAAUUCCAGUUUCAAAUGACAUUUUUAUUUCUCUUUUAAUAAAGAGAUACUUUAGAACCUUUUUGUUUUAUAUUAACUAUAUAAGUAGCUUAAAGUGAAGAUGUGUGGAUUUUUCUUAAACUUGAAUAAUUUAUGCAAAUUAUAUGCUUAGAACAACGUGGUACAGUAAAAAGAAAAAAGAGCAAAAAUCACUGUAGCAAUAAGAGAGCAUGUAAUUUUAGUAACUACUACACUGCUUUAUAUUUUAUACCUAGGUGUUUUAUGUCUCUGUGAGUGUGUUACUUUUUCAUGUGUCUAAGCCUACGUGUACAAUUUGUACAGAGUCAGAAAUUACAGCUGUAAUAACACAUCUAGAACAGUGUUAGCCUAUAUUACUCAAACACCCCUGUUUCCCUGUCAUUUACACCCCUAAACUGAUCUGGAUCUUACUGCAGUGACUUUAAAAGGAAAACAAAAGAAGCAAAACAGAAAAAUUAACACCAAAAUACUUGCCUCUCUGCCUUUCACAGUAGCUUCCCUCCACUUGAGACUGUGUUAACUUUCUUUUUUGGGAAGAGGUCCAGUUUAAAUUAAACCUAGGGUGUGGUCAGUGAUGUCUGUGCAGCUAGAUUUGCUUUGGGUAUCAGAUGCCUGUUUGAUACCAAGAACUGCAACUGUUCAGAAUUGUGAGUUUUCAUCGCUUUUGUGGCUAAAGUUUUAAAUGAAAAUGAAUCGCCGAGUCCAUUUUCAUGUAAAGAGCAAAAACUUGAUGGAGUUACUGUCCCAUCUCUCUCAAUUCAAAAUUACGAGUGGUCUUUCAGAAGACACUAAAUCACCUACAAAUUUUUGCAGUGGUGGCUACUGAUUUUUGAAACGUGGUCUUUCCCGUUCACAGCUUUAGAAAGUUGCCACCUGAACUUUGUAGAACUGUAGGAGAACGUGACCGAAAACAGCCCCCUGUGAUUUAAGAAUGUAUCCAGUGCCUGGAGGUUAAGGGCUGGUGUUUCCACUAGGUAAAAAGUGGGACGUAGUGGAAAGGAAAUCCAUUGUGAGCCUUAAUUUUAGUUACAGGAGCCAAAAUUUUUACUUUUGUGCCAACCCUUGUCUUUUUAAGCCUAGGAGGAGUUGGUGUAAACACCAAAUUUAUAAUGGAGAAAACCUGUAGUGAUGUGAGGAAUGUAACCUCUCAUCAGAGAGAAACAAAAGCACCUCCGUUUAAAGAAAACUUAAAAAGCAAAUAAGCUUCUUACUCUGAUAAUGAGAAGGAUGCAUCCUAUCAGUGAGCUGUGUAGGACAGCAACAGUGUAAGAAACCUAAAGCUUUAUAUGAACAGAAGUGUUUGGGGGAUGCUUUUUUUUUCCUUGACUGAGAAAAAAGGCGAUUGUUUUGAAUAUGGCCGAGUUGCACAAGUGUGGAGUAUGUGUGUGUCUUAAUGUCUCAGUAUUGCCUUUGUUAGUCUCUCUAUUAGUCCAUGCAGUUCGGUGGCCUGGUAAAUGCAAGUCUUAUUUUUAACAGCUUUCUUUUUUUAAAAAUACAAAACCAUAAAGCUUUAAUGCUUGCUAUUUAAUAAGUAACUGUGUUUUCUUCUGUCUCUAAUUUAGUGGCCAUAAUUUGCAGUUAAUUGAACCAUUCCAACCUAAUGCUUACCCAUACUUCCUAGUUUUGUUUUAUUUAUUUAUUUGAACUUCUUGUUUUCAUGAUCGAGGACUUUCACUUCUGUCUCCUUCAUCUGUUUGGAAACUUCUGAACUUACAGCCAAAACUUAAUUCAUUCUACUCAGUAUUCAUCGUGAUGCUGAAGUGUAAGAUACCUGCAAGUGUAAACACUACCACUUUUACUAAUAAAAGCAAAUACAGUGUUUUAGGGCACAUUUGCAUCACUAUAGCUGAGGUUGUGUCAGUAUUUCCAUUAUAAACCCAUAGAGGGUCUAUAUCUUGGCACUAAAUUGCCCUAAGCUAAAUCUUUGCCGUACAAGGCUUCUGCUCGAGCAUGAUUUGGUGGGUUGGUUUUUAAACCGUUUCCAACACAAACUCUUGUUUCUGUUUUAAGUUAUACAACUGUUUUGUUGGAUGGGGGUUGGUUUAGGAAAAAAAAAGAAACAACAAAAACAACAAACAAACCUGGUUCAAGAUUGUUUUUGGCACUUCUGUAACUCAGAAAUGGUUUUGAUUUUAAAACAUAACCUUUGGCAAGCCAGUAACCUACAAUAUGGUCUGAUCACUUUGGGUAUUUUGUAAAAAUAAUAAUAAAUUGUAGAGAUGUUGUGGUUUCAAAAUCAGCUACUGUGCAUUUGCAGUAACUUAUUUCAACCCCAGAACUUCUAGUGACUGGUACCUCAGUGCACAUGAUCAGCAGCCACUGUGAUGCAGCAGAGCAGUGAUGACUUCUGAAGGGUCGUCUUUUCACUGAUGUGGAAAGGUAAAUCCACUGCAGGCUGAAAAAAGAUUCGGCUGCUUCUGAAAGCAUCAAAACCUGCUCUCUUAGAGGCUGAAACUGGAGCUCUGCAAGUUGUUAGGAGCAGACUUUGAUGCAAAAGUGUACAAAGGCAUGCUGGAUCAGUUGUCAUAGACAGAAGCCCUGAGGGCUUGCCUUCAUUUAUCUAAAAACUAUUUUGAAUCACAGCAUCAAGGACAGAAUUUACCUUCGAGUAUGUCACUAACUGCAGAGGAGCUGAAGCUAAUUCACUUCCAGAGUGUUGCAUAUAGUUGAAUCGUGCAGGAUCACUUUUUUUACUAUUAAAUCUAUGCACAGAAAUAUUAAUGUUCAUCACUUCAGAAUCUGAAUAUCUUGUAAUUAGUCGUGGUGCAAUAUUCCUGUAAAUGAUGUAGGAUGUUUUGUAUUAUAUCCUGUUUUUCCAGUGUUGGAAGUUAAUGUACUGGGAAAAACAAAAGGUACAAAUGUGAUUCCACAGGAAAUUGCCCACAGAUAUGGAGACAAAGCCCGUGCCAUCCGAGUACCAGUCCAGUGCCUUAGUGAUAAUAGCCUUGGUGAUUGGUGCUGCACAAAUGUCUGAGAUGGAUACAGUCGUUAUACAUUAUAUAAUUAUGUGACUUCUGGAAGAGAGUAAGUUCUCUUCUUUCCCCGAGUGUAUCCAGUAUGCUGUCGGUAUUUCUGACAAUGCUAGCACCCAUAACACCCUUUCCAUGGAAGCAGAAGAUAGUAUUCCUACUGAACUAAGAAGUGGGAUCAAGGCCAUAGGUAACUGUCUGCGGAAAUCACACAGAACAGGUCUUCAUCCCUAAAGUAUAUCUUGAGUUUGUGUAACAGUAAAAGUACGUAAAACAUCUGUUUGCAGUCCCAAAACAAAACUGUACCUUUCUUCCUCAGCUUGGUGUCUCUGAAAAUUCAUCUGUUGAGGGAAAAGCCUUCCUGUUCUCUGCCAGAGUUUGAGCUAUCUGUAACUAAAAUAAGCUACAAAGGGAAUUUCUGAACCUCUGCUGAUGAAAGCCGUUAACGGAAAAGUCUCUCUAGUGACGGGCAAGCUAGAAAUCCAAGAAUGAACCGAGUUUAAUCCUGGUCAUAGACAGUGAGUUCACACACUGUGAGUGGAUGUGUUGCAGUUAUGAGGUGGGUAAACUGUAUUUUCCUGUGUUGCAGAGAUUGCUAAAAUUUCAGCCAUGAGUAGUGGCAUCGUAAUUCUCUGUUUUCAACCCUGAUUCUCAUCCUGUUAAAACUCUUUAUCCUGUCUAUGGCUUAUGUUCUGAGCUGAGCAAAACGAGUGCAGUUUAAAGCAUAAGCUGGCUUGGAAAAGCAGCUUGGGGAGGAGGUGGGGAGGGAAACUAACCUCUCACUGCAUUAAAUGUAAAAAUAAUAAGGUGGGUUUUUUUCCUACCUCCUGGGACCUAUAAACAUAGCCUGGUUCUGCGAGAGAUAAGACUUCUGCUCUAGAUUGACAGCAGCGGCAAACUCCCCGACACCUUUGAAAUAAGGGGUACCUGACUGGAUAUGUAAGAGAUAAUUUGCUUUUUACAAAAAAGACCCAAACCCCACCAAACCAGAAUUUACAGAUUUUCCUAUUUUUUUAGGAAUUCUGCCUCAAAAGUCUUCAUUUUAAUGACAGGACAAAAUAAAGCCUUUAAACAUCAUCCCAAGUACAGAGAGAAUGAUACAUUUUUGAGGGAGAAGAUGCAGACACUAGGGCUUUUUCUGUACUGUAACUCGCUCUCUAAGGUUGGGGAACCAGUAGACAAAUGUAAGCAAAUUCAAAAUUGUGAAGUUAUCUCUUCAGUUCCAUUUACCCAGUUGUUCUAUUAAACUAAUUGGGUAAUACUUUUUUUUUUAAGCCUAGGACAGAGAUAGCAAUGUUGGGAAUUCUCUCAGUUGUGUUAGGCAAACAAAUGUUCUUAGACUGCGAAUUAUUAAUAGUGAAGUAUAUUGUUUCUAUUUGUAGUUUUACAGUAUUUGAUAUGACUGGAAUUGUAUCGUUCUCGCAACUAAAAUACUAGCGUGCCAGCAGAGACAGGAGCUACUGUAUAUGGGGUAUGAAUUAACUGCAUCAGGCUUGUGACUGGAAGGCUGCUUGGAAAGGGGGGGCCAUUCCAGUCCUUUUCCACCUCAUUAUCAGUUUUCUGUUGGCAGGAUCAGAAGAGCUUCCAUAAAAAGCCAAAUGAAGGGGCUGGGUGAUAGAAACAAAUACGUGUCUGUGGAAGUAUUAAUGAAAGGUAUUUUAAGCCACAGGAGACGGCAUGUCUUUCCUGAAGAGUGUAUGUGAGGAUUCUCUGUAUUUUCUAUCUCCAUUCUCCUUUCAUCUGAAGGCACAACAUGCAAAAUGGAGUAACGGAUUUCCUUGAAGUUUUGGUGCUAACCUUGAGUUCUGUUUCCCACAGGGCAAAAACUCUGCUGGGCUACAAAGGUUCAUCUGUGUAGGGUAGUUGGAAGCGCUUGUGCUGCCCCAAGCAACGGCUCUUGUUAAUGUAUUUGUGAUUUAAAACUGGGGACCUUAGAACCAGUGGUUCUGUCCAACAUCAGGGCCCAAACACUGCUACCUUUGGAUACAGCUGCUUUCCCCUGCCCUCACACACACUCUAUUAGAGCGUGUAUG